CCUUAGCUGAGACCAGCCAGUGUAGACAGGGAAUUUACUGUAGCAAUCUAGCAAACUGGGUAACCGAAAUUUUUGAAGUGGAUAUGACUUCUAUGAUGGCUGGUCGUCAAUUUAAGCCUUGGGCACCAGUGGCGGACUGGCUACCGGGAAAAGCAAGCAAAAGGGCGGCAAUAGGUGCUAAAGUUUACUAACUUCUGGGCUUGUAAAACAGGCCCGGAAAAACUUUGCCUUAGCUCAUCAAACAGUUAUAUAUAAAGUUUUGCAGCCAAUCUUUGAAAAAUGUAAAGGGGUGCCUCAGCACCUGCUAGCUUAAUGACUGUGUUGCUCCUGCCUCUACGCUGCAGUUACAGAUUGUUUGCAAAAGAUAGACAUCAGCGUGCCGAAUUAUGAUAAGGUAUUGAACAUGUGCUUAAAACUGUAGACCUGUCCAAAAGAUAUCUUAUAAAAUAUCUUGGAAAAAUGAGUUCUAAGAGAUUCUGCUGCCACCCGUUUUGGGCAAAUUGAUGAUUUUGUACAUUGAUAGGCUCCUUCUGUAUGAGAAACUGUGCGUGGACAUGGUAGAAAGGGUAAAGAAUUUUCUUAAGAAAAAGUACAGUCUCUAUUCCGGGACAGAAAUUCUUUAAAUUUGAAGAAAGAAUGGAAUACUUUAAUAGCUAGUUUUAAAUUUGAAACCAGUUUUUUUCCAAACAGCCCGUUUAAUUUUCAAUUAAAUUUUUCAGAAGUUUCUUACAUGAGACCAUCAAUCCUCAACAAAUUAUGUAUAUAGUUUUUCAAAAAUUGUACAAGAUUUUUUAGCCAGUCAUGAUUUAUUUUUGGUAUGAAACUCCUGUUUUAAACGUACAAAAAGCAAGAUGACUUUGAGUUGUUAGUUAAGUAAAAUAGAAUAGAAAUAAAAUAGCUUGCCACCAAAGUCUUGUUCAGAAAGUAUUAUUCUCUAUCAUACCUAGAGCAGUUUUCACUAUCAAGGGAUAGUUGAUGGCCCAAAGAAAAAGAACUAUUAUUCAAGGGAGACAACACAAGGAAUGUGCACAUACUACGCAAUCAAAAUCGGCAAUAUUUGAAAAUUGCCCUUCUCCCUAAACAACUAUUUUAACAAACUUCAACAAAGUGCCAUAAUAAAUGUAAUAGCCAUAACAUUUGUGUAAGUCCCCCUCUUCUCCCCAUCUUUGAUUACGUAAUAUAUGAACUUUCCCAAUGUUCUUCCAAUACCCAACACAUCGAUAAUUUUACCCAGUUACAACCAUUGUGAUUGGAAGGAGCAUGGGGUAGUGCUCAGUUAAUUUUUCCAAAGUGUGAGGCCUCGGUUAUUGGAUAUCAGGCACUAGGAAUAAUUUGCAUUAGUCAUCAGUCAAAAAAAUAAUACGGUUAGUCAUAAGUCAUUGGUUUCACACAAUUAUUAGUCAUUAGUCAGUUGGCAAACAGUCUGCUUGUUAGCUAGUAAAAUCCCUUACUACCCCCUCAACAGAUACCGAAUAAAUGUAUGGCGUACUUGCUUUAAAAAAUACAAGUUAAUCAGGUUUGUAGUGAAAGUAGGCUUUGACUGCUACCACAUUUACUGCUGUCAAUAAAACAAAAUAUGAACAAUUUUUUGGCGCUACCAAAUUUGAAAAUUGCUUUGAAAAAAGCAAACAAUUUAACUAUACUAAAAACUUCUUAACCUCUUCAGAGUGUAGAAUGUCAGAAUUAGGGUCUGAAAGAACAAGAUGGAGAAUGAAUACCCAUUUGUGGACCAAAUUUUCCAUCUUGUUAUUUUAGACCAUUUUUUGACAUUUUAUACUCUGAGGAGUUUGAGACAACAAAGCUGUAUGUUCAAAAUGUUUAUUUUUUCAAAGUCAUUUUCAUAACAAAAUAUGUUUUCUACAAGGUUUUCAGAAAAUUUUGCAGAAUUUGCUGACCAACAUUUUGUCUUUUUAAUAUUAAUUAACAAUAGCAAAGAUUGGAAAACUUUGCAAUCUACCUUAAUAUUGCUCAAUUUAAAGGUCAAGGUAAACUUUUUAUGCAAACGUACUUUGGAUAGGAGGUCAAUUGAUGAUUGUAAUCAAUUUUAGUUCUGUGCAAAGAUUAUUUGCUUUUUGAAAGUUUUCAAGUUUUCAAAAAAAAUAACUUGGAGCAGAGGGCGCACCGGGAAAUUUCCUGGUGUCCUGGUGGGCCAAGCCGCUUCUAUUGGGCAUUCUCGAAAAAUUUGUUGUUGUCACGUGUUCGAUGACGUAAUCACUCCCGGUCAGUAAAAUAAUAAUGACAACAUUUUUUAAAUCUGAGUAUACUAUUCGAAAGAACCUGCAAAACUGAGUCAAAAAUUAUAAAACACUUAUAUAUUGUUUGACUUAUUGUUUCGAAAGUAUAGAUGUUUAAACUUUCUAUGACGUGAUCAAAAUGGCCGCCACUGGAUUUUGUAAAGAGCAAUUUUUCAUCGUGUGCGCUCUGUUAAAUGACAAUCAGAGGUUAAAAAUGCGUUUUUUGAUGGAAGUAUUCUACAGCAACUAAUUCUAUUGAACAUAAAUCAGCUUCGUGUAAUGCAAAGACUCCUUUACAAAAGUUACGCUUGCAGAGGGCUCAAAGACUGGUUCACAGAUGCUGGAGUCAUAGCCUCGGGAUCAGUUGAUCAAGCAUUGGAAGGAAGACAUUACUUUCACAGUAUGCAACUGCUCAAAGAAUGCUUUGAUGCUCUUGGACAAUUCAGGAUCGAAGAUUUGACAGGCACGUAUUCUAAUACUGAUGUGGAGCUACUAUCAGCCCUCAAGAUGCUCCGGAAGAAUCCUUCUGCCUCUUCAAUCAACGAUGUGAUGGUGCUGCCACAGUUCAAUCAGUUGCAACAACAAAUUCUGCAGUGAGAUGACCGUUGCCUAUUUGAGAGAUGUGUCAGCAAUGCUUUCAUUAGUGUCUGCUGUUCGAGAAUGUGAUAUCGACCGACAUCUUGAAGCUGAGCGUGAAAUGAUCUGUUUUGCAUUUGCUUUCGAUCGUCAAAACUAUGCUCGAUAUUGCGCUACCAGCAUGUACACCUUCAAGAUCUGAAAAGGAAAUUUCAUCCAGCAUACCAAGAUUUAAAGUCUCGAGGACAUGGUGGCAGCAUCACUGGUGAUUCUUUCUCCACGAUACAUGGGGACCUUAUAACAGAACUUUUCAACAAGGAAACAAAGGUAACUGCUGGCCCAUUUCGUUCCGGUUUUAGCACGAAUAUCGAGGCAGCAAACACCUGGAUGUAGACAAUACACAUCCACAGCAUGCUAAAGAUUGCAUUGAGAAAGCAGCUGAAUAUCAAGACUUCGUCAAAACAUAAGGAGUCUACGAACAGUAGCAAGAAACUGCAUGCUGAGCACGUGUCAAAUUUGAAGAAGACCCUGAGAGGAUAUGGUGUAAAUCAAUUUUCAUCGGAUCAUCCAAAAUGCUUAUCAACUGGAACAGAGAUAGAUCCUGCUGUAGUCAAGAAUAUGCUGAGUGCAUCAGAAAUAGGCAAUGAAGCUUUUUCAACUUUUGUUUCAGAAAGGCUUAUUGAAGGAUCCAAGAGUUUCUUUGCCCCGAUAAAGAGAAUAAAGUGAAACACAGGCAUAUUGGCAAAGAAGAAAACCAUCAAGGCAGCAUCCGUCCUAAAAGAAGAUUGUCAAGCUUUUGGACUCUUAGUCUCUAAAGCUUUUAGUCUGGAAGAAGCAUUUUGUUUUCCAAUCACUAUGUUUCCUUUGUCCAUCGCUACUCUGAAGGCAGCUUACGACAAUCAGACAAAUCCUCAUUGAGAAAUUUCCUCAUUGCACAGUCGAAGAUUCCUACAACUAACAUGCCUAAAAAUGCUGCAUGGUUUAUUGAUGGGAUGGCAGCAGUGAGAUCACUCAAGUCAAGGAAGACAUACAGAGAGUGGAUGAUUGCCCUUCUGCAGGUUAUGGAGCCACAAGAAGAAUCGUUGCCGUGCUUGAUUGGGAUGAUUUACGACAAACAGAGAACAGAGUGCGAAACAAGGAACAAGGAGAGAUCGUGGGGAAACUGGUACGCGAACCAAAUUGGAAGGCUUUGAUCAGCAUAUGCCAAAAGGAAUCAAGUGGAACGAAAUUUUGCAGAAUCAGGGAAAUAAGGAAGAGUUGAUAAAGCUUAUUGCACAACAUAUGAUGAGUGAAGAAGCUAGAGGUACGAUAAAGCAGCCAUUCAUCGUCACAGAAGGUAACAACACGUACAGAGUGGAGAGAAAUGGAUGUGAGCUAUUUUACCGUUGUAAUCAUAAAGUAGCGGAUACCCGCUUGGUUUUGCAUGCGUCAUUGGAAGCAGCAGACGUAGUUAUUGUCUCCAAGAAUACCGACGUCCUGAUCCUUCUCAUAUGGGCAUAUUCAAAGCUUUCUGUUUGUAAAACGUGGCUUUUCAAGGAGGACCAUGAUAAAUAUGCUGACAUAGGAGUAAUUUGCCAAUUUUUAGGAAAUGAUCUUUGUCAAGCACUUCCAGCAAUACAUGCAAUAUCAGGAUGUGACACCACUUCCUAUUUCUACAAGACUGGAAAAGUUAAAAUCAUCAAAAAGUUGUUAAGUUCUCCGUCGAAUUGCCAGAUUCUAGAAUCUUUUGGUCAGGAUCAAAGUCUCGAGUCUGAAAAAAUCGACAACGUAAAGGAAUUCAUCAGGACAGUUGUUUACAGUGGCAAGGUAGGCGAGUCAUAUGUAGAAACGAGAAUCCAACUCUAUAAAGAAAUGAAAUCAAAGUCUUCAUCGUCAAUUCCUCCUGAUCCAGAUUCAGUUAAGCAAGCCAUCAGACGAGCAAAUUACCAAGUGUUCCACUGGGUCCGCUGUUGUGAAGUUAACAUUGAGACAGUUAGCUUUGAAAAUCACGGCUGGAAAUGGGACAAGGAAAAGCAGGUUGUAGUUCCGAUCUGGUUCAAAGGCAAGCAGUUGCCUCCUUCACUUUCAACAAGCAGAAAGAAAACAGCCAAGAAUCUCAACUAUGAUGAGUGAUGAUGAAAUUAAGGGCCAAAAACACACUUCAAAAAAGAGCACCAAAGAGAUGCAUUGCCCAGUACACAUAUGGAUUAUGAUGGGGAUAGCGAAAUGACAAGAGAAAAAAUCAUUGACGGCUCAGACACUUCAAUAAUCGAUGAACAUGAAAGUGAAUGGGAAGUUUCAGACUUUUCGUCCAGUGCGGACUCAAUGGAUGAAUGGUUGCCUUAAGUUCGUAAACUAUGAUGUUAGAGGAUGGUAACUUAGAGGGCAGCUUAUCUCGGCAUAACUGAAACCUAACUUGUAUGUUUACAAAACAAUUUGGUUGCUAAGAAUUGUUUUAGUAGAGCGCACACGAUGAAAAAAUGCUCUUUACAAAAUCCAGUGGCGGCCAUUUUGAUGACGUCAUAGAAAGUUCAAACAUCUAUAAUUUCGAAACAAAUGCAGUUAAUCUCAUAAUAAAAAAUGCAGCUAAUCUCAAUUAUCGUGUCUUAAUUUAGUUUCUCAUAACUUAUGUUUGGCACGAACAUUUCAAAAUAACUUUGAAGGGUGGAAAGCUUGUUAUCAGUUAUUAUGUUAAUGCAAGUUAACUCAAGCUUUCAUUUGAAAGAAUACGUUUUAAUAUUAGCUGUUGUAGCAGUGAAUCACUCUAGUACUAACACAAAGAUUUUAUGCAUCAGCUUCAGAGAAUUCGAAGGUAAUUCAAAUACAGAUUUUACAUAUUUGUAUGCAUAAAUUACGGAAAUGAUUGCUUAAGAUUGUCUAUUUGGGAUUAGGAAAACAGGAAGGGUUGGUAUGAGAAAAUAUUGCAGAAAAUAUGAGUCAGGCUCUAAUAGUAUAUUCCGAGAAGGACCAAGGAGAGGCAAAAACGUAAAUGAUCACGAAAAAGAGACUGAUAAUGAGUAAUAGGAAGAGGGUUCACUAUUUAAAGGGAUUAAGUAAACAGUGAUGAUAAAUAGCAAUCAAGAUGCAAUUGAAAUAGCAUUGCGUCAUGGUAAAUGUUAUUGAUUGCUAGAUUGGAUUAAAGAGAUUAUAAAUGAAAAAGACAUUCGAAAAUAUUUAAAAUAAACGCUAGAAAGUAUAGAUAUAACUUUAUUGAAAGUUGAUCAAAAUAGCUUAUUUAUUAGCAUUAUUCUCCACCUGGAUUCGAAACACGAUUAACUAAAUCAAUUUGCCAACCAACACUGCCUGUGUCAGAAUUAAAAUAGUUUUUAAAUCGGCCUCGCAUUUCCUUUGCGCUGCUUGAGAAAUUGUUAGAGCCACACCUUCCCAUAGGUAACAUUCCCAAAUUGUCCGAGUCCUCUCUCCAUUCCCCUUGCUUGAAUUUACCUUUUACCUCUUGAUCGACAUAGUCAAAGGGGCAGUAAUUGUAAGGUUCUUCUUGUACUCUGCUAGCCAUUAAAAAGUUGUGCAGUGCAACAACUGCCUUGGUUAUCGCUUUAACGGUGUCAACUUUGGCUAUAAUUGGCCUGCGAAAAAUUCUGAACCUCGGGGCUGCAAUUCCAAAAGUGUUCUCAAUUAUCCUCCGAGCCCUUGAAAGUCCAAAGUUUAAGAUUCGUUCUUGGAUUUGCAAGUUUUGCCCGGGGUAUGGCUUUAAAAGAUUUGGUUUUAGGCCAAAGGCAUCGUUACCUAGAAACACGUAGGGGAGUACUUAGAAUUUUUUACCUGCUCGGGGGAGAGAAAGUACAGUAGCCAGUACUGCUGUUAUUGUAAACGCUUCUAUCGCUUUGCCUCCCAGAAUCAUCGAUGUCAACCAUGAUGAAUUCAUACUUUCCAUUACAGACUCCUAAUAAAAAACUGCUAUGCGUUUUUUUUUAAUUAAAGAAAUCCGACCCCCCUUUAGCAGGAUACUGCAUCACAAUGUGCUUGCCAUCAAUGGCACCAAGGGCGUGAGGAAAAUUCCACUUCUCUUCAAAGACCUUUGCAACCUUUUUCCAUUCUUCAACUGUAUUUGGGACACGUAGAAAGUCUCUGUUUUUCAGUUCAUUCCACAGAACCAGGGAUGGCGCCAGAAAAGAAAUGCUGGGUGGGGGGGCUGUAAUGUCAGAGUGCCGACAGUGAGUGAACCAACAACGAAGAUCUAAUAUAACACUAUUUCCGCUGUGGUAAUUCCAGUUCAAAAAUUGAAAAAGAAACUCAAAACGAAUCAAACAAUGUAAAAAAAUAAAAUAAAAAAUAACAAAGUAGAAGUCAUGAGCCGACGUUGCUUAAAAUUUUUCAAAAAUUGAAGUGCCGACGGAGGGGCUAAAUGAAUUUUUGAGGGGACCGAGUGAUCAAACAGUCUGAGAUCUUUCACCAACAAAUGAAACUCUCCUUUCUCUUUACGCUCCUGGUAUAUCUUUCUCGUCCAAAACGACCACGUCGUCUUCUCUCAAGUCGCCGCCGUAAUAUUUGAAUUAUUAUUAACUUUUUCAGCAGAAUUUUGAAUUUUAUUUUAUUUUACUAUAUUAAAUUUUAAAUUUAAGUUUCAGCAGAAACUUUAAAUUUUUCAGCAGAAAACGAAUGUUGUGAGCCGCCAUCAUGAAGUAACUUGGUUCGCCUUUUGCGCUUGAAACGAAAACGUCGUGGAAAUGGUUUCAGUAUUUCGGUCGAAAAAUUUCGAACGGAAUUUUGAAGUUCGAGCGAAAAAUUCCGCCUCGUGGAAAUCCAUGAUUGCUCUCUAGUCUCAUACAACACGGCGAGGUCUCAAAUGGACGCUGCAAUGUGGAAUCAACGCUGGGCUGGAGAAGCUCGAUCCAGUCUUUUUUUGAGAUCAGUGGCCCCAUCCUGCAAUAAUCCUGCGCAGGCAGAAAAACCUAUAAAAAAAAUUAUGUACAACACUCCUGCGUCUGCAUCUGCACCCCUCGAAGUUCAGGGAUGCAAGGGUUGUUGUGACGCCCGUGCCUGUGACAAAGUUUCCUCCCUCCCUUAGUAUAGGGAGCCUCAGUGUACGGUCAAGCUUAAAGCCAUUUCUGUUCACAAUGGUAGCUGGUAGAUAGUAUGGCCAUUCUAUACAAAAACACAAGCAAAAGUGAUUUUUGACAUCCACCAUCCCAGAAUUGCUACAUAUUUUCUGGUAUUUUUUUGGUAAACCAGACCCUAAGACCCAGGACACUUAAAACCAGAAGGGUUUUCACCCCGAUAAAAAAAUAGUUGAUCAAGGUUGACUGUCAUCAUCGCACCAUGAGGACAUUCAACUGUCAAAUGCGCUUUUGUGCCUUCUACAGUGUUCUUUCGUAUAUUAUCCAGUCUGUCAUGAAGUCUAUUAUCCAGUCUUGAAAUGAGUCUGUCAUAGAGUCAGACAGUUACAAGGGAAUUUACAAGCGCAAGGCAAUUUCUUUAACUGCUGCUUGUAGCUUUUGCAUGUUUUUUCCCGCAACUCGCGCGCGAUAGCGCGCGAGUGAAGGGCUCAUAGUCUGCCCCGCGUAUAAGUAGCAUAUGGAAGCUUCAGUUCAUGUUGUCAGCACUUUGUCAGCAGAUUUUGUCACUUUUCUGCUGCCAUGACAACUGUCAAUCAAUUUCAUUGUCAAUCAAUCGGCUUUGUCGAGAAGGUCGUUAACCGCCACCUCUUUGUGCGAAAGGGAAUUAUCUUCGGAGCGUUGCUCUGCCAAGACUCUGUUAAAGGCCUUCGGUUUUUUGGCACGAAAACGGUGCUGCAUCACAGCUCGGUUCUCCGCAAUGGAUGGAAGUUUUGAUUCGAAGUUUUGGGAAUCAAAACCAGUCGAAUGCCACACUUUUCUCCCAAAAACUCGAGACCGUACGAGCAAAAGUUAUGAUUGUCGUGAUUAUCGAAAAAUAAAUGUCAAACCCUCGAAAAACUUCAUGAUUUUCAAAAGGGCGUUGGACUUAAAUCAAAGGCAAACUGAACACCAAAAAUUCUUGAUAAAAAGAAUAGUUUAGCAUCAACUAGAGCAGCUGUUUUUAUAGAAUUGUGAAAACCCAAGAUGGUGUCUUCUUCGAAUAUCCUGACCUACAUUUUCAAAACAAUCAUUAUCAAGGAACUAAUUGUUUGCGGGCAGUACUAGCAAGAGCUAUUUCUAGUUUUAUACUACCCUACGUAGUCUGAAAAGUAUGACAUGACCUCCAGGGGCGUCGCGACCGAGGGUUUCACACCCCCCCCCCCCCUAAUAGUAUCUCGAUAGGAAAUUUCAGGUAAAAUCUGCCCAGUGGAAGAAAUGCUUAAGGUAUUUCAGCGACCUUCAUGUAUUUACAUCAAUAAAGGAUCAAGCAAAGAUAGUUGCUCCUUUGGCUAAAUAUGAUAUUUCUCGAUACGAAGGAAGAUAAAAAACUAACGACUUGAAGAUUUGAAGAUUUCUUGUUGACACAAAAUCUAAAAAUCCAGGAACUCUUUAGGUAAAAUUGUAUCUUGUGUCCAUUUCCCCUAAAAAGGCAUGCUAAGAUGGAAAGAGGUAUCUAAAUUGGCAACCAGUGCUGCUUGUUACCUGGCUUUAGAAGUAACUAACAACAUGGUAUUUCUCAAAACCACGGCGAGAUUGUACCAGUUGUUUUUAUCUGCUGUUCAAUUUGUUUGCGAAAAUAAAAGAAUUUUCGGUAGGAUUAGGAGGAUUGCUUUAGUAAAAUUUACUUAAAAGAGUGCAUUUUCCAUGGAACUGGACGCAUCAAAAUUACAAAAUUUUCUGGUCCUUCGGCGGCAACCAUGGUGCCGCCUCGGGUAGUUGCCCGUCCCAGUAUACAGAUUUGGCAAAACUAUUAGGAAAGUCUUUUAUUAUCAUUCUGAAAUGAAUGUUGUGAAUUAUAUGCCACACAGUUAGAUUGACAAAAUGUAUUGCAGAGGUUUGUGACAGCAACUUAAGAAUUUCAGGUAAUUUUUUUUAAUCAGGUAAAUUUGUAGUCCACACCCCCCCCCCAACAAGGCUUGCCUCGCCACGGCCCUGAUUACCUCCUCAUCUCCAUUCCUAUCUUCUGCUACCAAUUGAAUUUAUGAGAUUCUGGUGGAUCUGGCACCCAGGGUAGGACAUCCACAGACAGCGACAAAGACGUUAAGGGCAGCCUUUUGGCUUCUUCUAUUAUCUCUUUUUGUUCCUUUUUGGAAUGGUUUUCGUAGAACUGUUGUUGAAGUUUUCCUGCAAAUUCUACACAAUAUUUUCAUGUUAAAAAAAUUAUCUGAAAAACCCCUGCUAUUGUACUAUGAAAAAAAUAAUUAUCAAAUAAUUUGUUGA